CAUCCUUACAUCCACCUGCUAACAAGAUUCCCUUUAGGAUACAAGGAUAUUUUACUCUUCAGUGAUCAAAAACACCUAGACUGCAUCCUAUUCCAAAAAAUGCACCGGUCCUUUUCAUUGAAGAAGUCGGUGGAUUAGAGACGCUCCCUUAGCCAUCAUGUGUUUUUCUUAAUAGUACAGUAAACCGGGGUGAUGGUUUUAGGAAGAAUUGGGUGUACUCUGCGCUGUGCUCUCUGCAGCACAACAGCUUACUUCAGUAUGGGCCAGUAUCUCCAGAUGUAUCAAACCAGUUCAGUACCGCAUACUCCUUCUGUGAUGUCAAGUCCAUCUGCCCCUCCAGUCCAGGCGUGGCCUAACCUGAUGUUGUCACCAAGUGUAAAGCAGUACUCCAAGUCAGUCUUUUUGUACUCUGAUCCCUCAGUUCCCGAAAGCGAUAGGUCAUCCCGUCCCCUUUUACUGUUCCUGCCGUGGUUGGGCUCAAAAGCAAGAGCCUUUGAGAAGUACAUCCUACUGUAUUUUAAGCUUGGCUUUGAUGUUCUGGUGGCUGAAAGCUCUUUAUCCCACUUCCUGUGGCCCAAGAAUGGAUUGGACUAUGCUGGACAAUUAGUAAACCUCCUAAUGACAGAAAAGGACUUCUCAUCCCGUAGUCUUUUUGUUCAUGCUGUCUCUAUAGGUGGCUACACUUUUGCUCAGAUGUUGGUGUGGACAUCAAAAAGUCAUGGGGAGCAGAGGAAGACCCUGGAUAGAAUUCAUGGCCAGGUUUAUGACAGCCUUGUAGUUGGCAGCAUGGAAAGGAUGGCAACAGGUGUUGCAGGGAUGGUUAGUCUCCCUUUUCUAAAGUCACUGGUGGCUCGUGGGACACUUUUGUACUUUAAUCUUCUUAAAUCCCAAACUGUGGAUUACUAUGAAAAUGGUAUACAGACUUUUUGGAAUAUGCCCCUAACAUGCCCAGCUCUCUUCUUCUACUGUAUGGACGACCCACUGAGUGAUCACACUGCAGUGGAGCAGCUCAAGAAGGACUGGGAGAAACGAGGAAUCAAAGUGCAAAGCAAGAAGUGGAACAGUUCAUUGCAUGCCGGCCAUCUCCGGAGACACCCACAAGAGUACACAGAAGAACUUGAAAAAUUCAUUCUCAACACUCUGGCCAAACAUCCAAAAAGUAAAUUGUAAAGCAAAUAUUUAAAAAAGUCACCCUUUAUGUUAAGGGACAGAGCUUGCAUCACGUAUAAUUAAUGCUAGCUUUCUAAACAUAUUAAUGUGGGCAGAUUUUUAGCAGAUCGAAAUGCAAAAUUGUGACAUGAUGUGUUACUGACUGGAGUGCCACAGAAUGUACAUGCAGUUUCAUAACAUUUUGGGCAAAUGCCCUCUCAAAAUUCAGUAAAGCCUAAGAGGCUGGCAAUGCCUUUAUAAUA